GGAGAAGUGGGGCUGUUUACGCUUUACCGGAUUGGGUCUUGUAGUUUGACAUUCUUAAGUCUCAACGACAACGUCCACGACGACAUGCCAUGGUAGAGCUGAGCUUCGGGCAAGGUUGUCGGUAACUUGAACAUAUUAUACGUUGUAUCGGGCAAAUGUACAUUAAACCAGCUUUUCUGACACAUUAACUUGUUGUCUUUUUCUGUUGAAAACUUGCUGCUCAAGACAUUGAUAAACCCCAGUAGGUACUUGGCAAUUUUCACUUUGACAAAUCCAACCUCACUCCGAGAUAUCUCAACUUCAAGAGCGUGGCGAGACACUCAGCCUUUUCACAACACUCCCGUUUCCUGGCUAUCUGAAACUGAAGGAAAACAACCAUCUCUACCUCAUCAACCCACCUCACUCAGGAUGGAGGACGACCGCGCCCAAGUCGACCUCGGCAUCGCCGCCGACAUCGACGAGAUGAACCCUCCCCCACCCCCCUCCGUCCAGCAGAAACAACCCAAGAAACGUUUCCUCGGUCGCCAAAGCGCCGCCGCCGGGAAGUCCUCCUCCUCAUCCAGCACCUCCCAAUCCGCCGGGGCCAACACCUCCAUCGAAGACAGCGGCGCCAUCCAAGUAGCCCAACCGCGCCGCGCCCCUCGCAUGCUCAACCAAGUGCCCGACUCGAUCCUGCACGACGCCGCCCUCAACGCCGCCAUCGCCUUGCUCCCCUCCAACUACUCCUUCGAGAUCCACAAGACCAUCCACCGCAUCCGCACGCUCAACGCCAAGCGCGUGGCCCUGCAAAUGCCCGAAGGCCUGCUCCUCUUCGCCACCACCAUCUCCGACAUCCUGACCCAAUUCUGCCCCGGGAUCGAAACCCUGAUCAUGGGCGACGUCACCUACGGCGCCUGCUGCAUCGACGACUACACCGCGCGCGCCAUGGGCUGCGACUUGCUGGUGCACUACGCGCAUUCCUGCCUCAUCCCAGUCGACGUCACGAAAAUCAAGACCUUGUACGUCUUCGUAGACAUCAGCAUCGACACCUCCCACCUCCUGGCCACCUUGGAACGCAACUUCUCCCCCGGGAAAUCCAUCGCCAUGGUCGGCACCAUCCAAUUCAACGCGACCAUCCACGGCGUGCGCAGCACCCUCCAAAAAGCCGGGUACGAAGUCAUCAUCCCGCAGAUCGCGCCGCUUUCCAAGGGCGAGAUUUUGGGGUGCACAUCCCCCAACCUCUCGCAAUUCUUAACUGCCAGCGGCAAGGAGGUCGACAUGAUCCUGUAUCUCGGCGACGGCCGCUUCCAUCUCGAGUCCAUCAUGAUCCACAACCCUUUGAUUCCUGCCUACCGGUACGACCCCUACAGCCGCAAACUGACGCACGAAACCUACGGACACGAGGAGAUGCAGGACGUUCGGCGGUCGGCCAUCCGGCAGGCCAAAACCGCCAAGAAAUGGGGUUUGAUUCUGGGCAGUCUCGGGCGGCAGGGAAACCCGAACACGCUGGGCUUGAUCGAGGAGAAACUCAAGCAAAACGGCACGCCGUUUGUCAAUUUCUGUCUUUCGGAGAUUUUUCCCGGCAAGCUGGCGAUGAUGAGCGAUGUGGAGUGCUGGGUGCAGGUGGCGUGUCCGAGACUGAGUAUUGAUUGGGGGUAUGCGUUUCCCAGACCGCUGUUGACGCCGUAUGAGGCGCUGAUUGCGCUGGAGGAGAAGGAGGAUUGGGGGAGGGGCGCGUAUCCGAUGGAUUAUUAUGGGAGGGAGGGGUUGGGGAGGACGAAGCCUGUUGCUGCUGUUGAGGCUUGA